AGUGUUGCUCUCUCUCGCAGUUGAUCAGUUGGUUUAGUGGCAGCAAGCAGUGAAGAAGUAGCAGCGAUUAACUCAUUGUGAGUGGUGUGUGGGAAAUCGAGCAGCAGGCAGAGAGGAAGAAAAAAGUGUGCGCUUUCUGUGGCGGAAAACGAAAAACGGCUCGAAAAGUUGUGUUUCGCGAGUGUAAAGGAAAAGCACAGUCGCGAACAUUCGACAGUGAUGGCCCUCAGUCGUAUCUACUCAUCGAAAUUGGCUAGCGCCAACAAGAACCUCCUACCGGUGAUCACCACCUAUGUGCGCAAUGCCUCCGACAGCACAGACCUGAAGUCAAUCCUGACCGAGAAGAUCCCCAAAGAGCAGGAACGCAUCAAAAACUUCCGCAAGCAGCAUGGCGCAACCAAAGUUGGCGAAGUCACCGUCGAUAUGAUGUACGGUGGUAUGCGUGGAAUCAAAGGUCUGGUGUGCGAAACCUCCGUGCUCGAUCCAGACGAGGGUAUCCGCUUCCGAGGAUUGUCAAUCCCCGAAUGCCAAAAGGUGCUGCCGAAAGCCCCAGGUGGUGCGGAGCCACUGCCGGAGGGUCUCUUCUGGCUGCUCAUCACUGGUGACGUCCCGAGCAAGGCUCAGGUCGAUGCGCUGUCCCGCGAGUGGGCCAACCGCGCUGCACUGCCGUCGCACGUCGUAACCAUGCUCAACAACAUGCCAACGACGCUGCAUCCGAUGUCCCAGCUGAGCUGUGCUGUGACGGCUCUCAACCACGAGAGUAAGUUCGCCAAGGCCUACUCGGAGGGUGUCCACAAGAGCAAGUACUGGGAAUACGUGUACGAGGACAGUAUGGAUCUGAUCGCCAAGCUGCCGGUCGUAGCUGCCACCAUUUAUCGUAACACCUAUCGCGAUGGAAAGGGAAUUGGGGCGAUCGAUCCGAAGAAGGAUUGGUCCGCGAACUUCACCAAGAUGUUGGGCUACGAGGAUGAGAAGUUUACCGAACUGAUGCGGUUGUAUCUGACGAUCCACAGUGACCACGAGGGUGGCAACGUGUCAGCUCACACUGUCCAUCUGGUGGGAUCGGCGCUGAGCGAUCCGUACCUGUCGUUUGCCGCCGGCAUGAAUGGACUGGCUGGUCCACUCCAUGGCCUCGCGAACCAGGAAGUAUUAGUGUGGCUGCAGAAGCUGCGGAAGGAGCUGGGCGACAAUGCCAGCGAGGAUAAGGUGAAAGACUUUAUCUGGAAGACGCUCAAAUCCGGACAGGUCGUUCCCGGUUACGGUCACGCUGUCCUGCGAAAGACUGACCCCCGUUACACCUGCCAGCGCGAGUUCGCCCUGAAGCACCUGCCGAACGAUCCCCUGUUCCAGCUGGUGUCCAACAUCUACAAGGUUGUGCCUCCAAUCCUGACCGAACUUGGCAAGGUCAAGAACCCAUGGCCAAACGUAGAUGCCCACUCCGGCGUUCUGCUGCAGUACUACGGUCUGAAGGAGAUGAACUAUUACACCGUGUUGUUCGGUGUCUCGCGUGCCCUCGGUGUGUUGGCUUCGCUCGUUUGGGACCGUGCCCUUGGACUGCCAAUCGAACGUCCGAAGUCCAUGUCCACCGAUGGUCUCAUCAAAGCCACUGGUGCCAAGUAAAGUGGCAGGCGCACCUUCCCAAUAUCAAUCAAUCAACCAAAAAAAACACUACACCAUUAUGAAAAUAGCAAAAUAAAAACGAGGUCUCGAUUCAGCGCUCGUCGAGAGUACAAAGCACUUGGGAAAAUGGCGUCUCGUUCAAGAGAAUGUCCGUAGCUGAGAGCACAACCGACCACAAUCUGGACUUCAAGAUGGAACCAAUCCAAUCCAAACAUUUUUUUCCUUACUUCACAAACUCACACACACAAAAGUGCUUUCUUUUCGAUCUUUCUUCUCCGGAAACGGGACUUUAUUUCACUAUAGAAAAAAGUACAUUUGUAAAAUUGUAUGAUUUUAAUUAAGUGUUGAGAGCAUUAGGAACUUAAUUAGUUAUAGUAGGGAUCAGGCUACGGCGGAAGCUUUAACGGCUUGCGAGCAUCAACGCUUCGGCUCGUAAAACGAAUGGAAGAGGGGAGGGAGCUUUGUUUUUUCUUCACCUAAAGAUGAUGAACAAUGUUUGUUUUAUUUAUUGUCUAUUUAAAUCAAAUUAAUCUAAACAAUGUUAAGCGAGGCAUAGGCGUUGAUAACACGACUUAAGGAACAAUAAAGAGAGAAACAGAGAAGUAACAAAGAAAAAAUCGUCGUUGUUACUAUGUAAAAAAAACGUUGUUAAAAGUGCUACCUCAUAGUCAUCCUCAUCAUCACGCUCUCAUGCUAGGCUUUGUGAACAUAACUUGAAAUCCACAGCUCCUACAUUGAUCGAACCCUCGUAUGCCAUCUCAUCCGGUUAGCUGAAAGUUGAGUUCAGUGUCCAAAGACAAAUUCACUUCUGGUUCGUUUCCGGUGCAUUUUGUUGUUGGUCCUUCGUUGCGAAUUAAGCAGUUCCCUUGUUAAGCAGCAGCACUCCAACAAUAACAGUUGUAGCCCAACUAACAACAACAACAAAAAAGAUGAGGAAACGGCGAACUGUAAACAAGCACUAGCAUUAUAGCAAAUCAAACGAACAAACAAACGAAAACAUAGUCAAACCAAGGAUAAUAAGUUAGUGAUGUAAGCAAACGAAUAAUAAAAUGUAGUAGUGUUAUGUUAGAGUAAAGGCAGCACGCGAUGCAGUUUGAGAAGAAUCAAUGUCCAUUCGCCCAUUGAACGGAAUAUCCUUUCAAUGAGAAUGCUCUUUCCCUCUGAACUGCGGAAGCGCUGUCAUAAACCAAAAUAGUAAUCACGCGCGCUUGAGCGUUUAGCUGUUGAACUGGAAUUUUGACAUUGUAAUCGUUUUAAGCGCCCCAUACACGCACAAUACUAUUGUACGAAUUUAUUGACAUUAUUAUUGAAGAUUGUCCACAAACGUACAAUAUUAUUGCGCCACAGUCAUAUUUGUGCAAUGGAAUUGAAUCUUUUGGAGAUGAUAUUGAAGUUUGUGCUAAAUAUUGCACAAGGGUGGCUACUGACGUUCAAUAUUUUAUCACUAGCACUUGUUUGAACCUGACAACUGGCAGAGAGGAAAAUACAGGGAUGCCGAACAGCACAAGAUGUCAUAGCUUCCAAAUAAUAUUAACUUUCUGAAGACUAUUGCCGCUCACCAGUAAAAUAUGUUCUUCGAAACAAAUAUUCUCUGAAUAGUGAGAUUUUGUUGGUGUAAUACAAAAAUAUUACAUAUUUUCCAACAAAUUGUAUUUUUCUGUUAUUUCUUGUCAUCAAACUUCUUCAACUGUAUGUACCGUAAGUACAUUUAGUAGAAUUUCAUUUCCGUGUAUUAUUGGCAACCCUGUCCAAUUGGUAUGAGAAGUCUGUUUGUUUAUAUACCGCCUGUUCCAAGUUUGAUAGGAAAACAGGUUUCGGAAUUGUCCCUUCUAUACACAGGUCUUAUGUUAAAUUAGAAAUAUGUUGAGUGAUACCGAUAUUAGCUGUGUUUUGAUCGCAGUGAGCAAUAGUUUAAAAAAAAAGAAGCAACGAAAACAUCGGAAAUGGGCCAAACAGUGGUUGCUGAACAGAGAGAAGUACACUUAUGAAGUGUUAUUUAAUGAGCUCAGAAUGACUGAGCCGAAUGACUUUCGAAACUUUAUCCGAAUGGAUGCUGGAAUGUUUGAUGAACUCCUGGCUUUGGUUGCUCCUCAGAUUGAGAGAAAGGAUACUAUUAUGCGAGAUGCUAUUCCUGUAAGUCAACGUUUAUCGAUAACUUUACGGUACCUCGCAACAGGAAAUACAUUCGAAGAUCUUAAGUUUUCUGCUGCCGUUUCACCGCAAUCAAUUGGCCACAUUGUUAUAGAAACCUGCGCGGCUCUGAUUAACAGCCUCAAGGAAUACAUAAAGGUAAGCUCCUUUUCAUAUACAUAUCUAUGUAACAAUUAUUAUGUAACAAUGCAUUAUUGAAAAAAAUAAUAAUAAUAAAGAAUUUUAUGAAAACUUAUAUGACAUAUACGACUUCUUAUAAUUUUUAUAUUUAUUGAAAAGUAACAAAAUGGGGUUUCGUGUUCUGCUCAUCAACUUCUAGGUAUUGGUGGCUGGGUGAUGAGAUAUAUUCAACAUUGACUGGAGUGAACGAUCGUGGGGGGUUAUUGAUAACCACCGAGUCACGGUGUAAUGUUCCCAUUUGUCCCUCGAAUAAUAUUUCAUUGAUGAACUUCUUCGCUAACAUCUGCUGAAUGGGCUCCAUUUUUUUAAGUUCUACUCCCCAAGCUGCAGCUAUUGUAUCGUGAUCGUCAGGUGAUUUUUGGAGGCGUUUGCAAGCCAGUUCCAUCAGCUCAUCUGUUAUAUUUCCUGUUUUCUUUCUCUUCUUGAGUGGUCCAAGUUGAGUCUGCAAAAACAUGAAUAAUACAUUAAUUAUUAAUAAUAAUUCCUGUUUUUUUAUAUUUAAUACAACAUAUCUGUUCAAUUGAUUUAUUUUAGCUACCAACAACAGAAGAAGAGUGGAAAGAAAUCGCACGAGACUUCAAUGACCGGUGGAAUUUUCCGAACUGCUUGGGAGCGGUAGAUGGUAAACAUGUUGCGAUAAAGAAACCUCAUGGCUCUGGAUCACUUUACUUCAACUACAAGAAAUUUUGCAGUAUUGUGAUGAUGGCAGUAGUGAAUGCUAAUUAUGAGUUUAUCAUGGUCGACGUGGGAAUCAAUGGAAGAAUAUCGGACGGCGGUGUCUUCAAUUACACAGAAUUUGGAAGAGCAUUCUCUAACAAAUUAAUUAAAAUCCCGGAAGCUUCACAAUUACCGAACAGUGAGAAACGGCUGCCAUUUGUUUUGUUGGGCGACGAUGCUUUUGCGAUGACGGACAAUUUCAUGAAACCCUACCCUCUAGCAGAAUUGUCAUUGGAUAAAAGAAAUUUCAACUAUCGAUUAAGCCGUGCACGUCGUGUUGUAGAAAAUGCCUUUGGUAUUUUGGUCAGUAGGUUCGGCUUAUUUCAGAAACAAAUAUCACUGUCCCCUGAAAAGGCUGAAAUUCUAGUUAUGACUUGUUGUUAUUUACAUAACUAUAUACGAAAACGACAACCACGAACCUACAUUACUAGGAGUGAUGUAGAUGAUGAAGAUUUACAAUCCGGAACUCUCACAAGAGGAUCAUGGAGAAAAACGGUUGCGAAUGAAGGAACACCUCUUCAGGCUACUGUGUCCAGAAAUGCACCAUCAAGUGCAAAGAUUGUGAGAGACACCUAUUGUCAUUACUUCAACAAUGAAGGACAAUUAUCAUGGCAAUUGAAAGCAGUUUCAUGAAGUGAAGUGGUUUUUCCCGUAACACCCACUUUUAUAACAAGAUGAUUUUUAUUGUAAUUCAUUGUAUGAUUCUUAUUCACGAUACCAUGUAACUAUAAUUAAAAAUGGAUACAAAAUAAAAAUAAAGGACUUACAUUGAUCUCUGUAGAAGCUCCUCCAUAAUUUAUAUUGUCAAUGACCUCGAUCCCUGCAUCUUCACAAUAAGUGUGUCCAGAAUCUAGAACCGGGUUCAUCGAACUGAUUGAAGCGGUUGGUGUUUCCUGGUUCUGAAGAAAUCUCAUUUGUUCGAAAUACCACAGCGUGGGUUCAACUUCCUCUGCACCUGCACCACUUUUUUCUGCGUCUCGAAUCCUCUUCAGCUCUUUCCGGAAGUUGGUCCGCAAAGAAUUAAUUUUUUUUAUAACAUCUUGUUUGUCGGCAUCGGGAGCAUUUUCUCUGUAUUUCUCUAUCAGCACGUCAUACUGUUCAAUUUUCUUUAGACGGUUUGUGUAAUCCUUGCACUUGAUGUCCCAUAAUGCCGGGAGUGAACGGUAAACCUCGAUAAACUCGAGAAUAAAUUGCCUGUCGGCGUUUUUGACGGCCAUCGCGACUCACACGUCCUCGAAAAAAAGUCCGUGAAGUUUUUUAUGAGAACACUCACUUUACACUCUAGACGAUGCAAAUGUAAACAUAAACUUUAACAUUCAUUGACACCAAUUGCACAACGUCGCCCGUAGACCAUGCAAUAUUAUGAGCGUUGCACAAUAAAUAUCUAAUUUUUUUGAUAUCAUACAAUAUAUUGUACAACACUUCAAUAUCAGAAACAAACGUUCAAUUUUAUUUCACAACCUCCUGUGUUGUGCAAUAAUAUUGUAGAUGUAUGGGCCGCUUUAGGGUCCCCCAUUUUUUCUCUUGUGAUGAAGUCUGGUUUUGUUUUGAUUUGAUUACCUUUGUGUUUGUGUGAAGACAAUAGUAUGCUUGAUAUCACUUAAUUAUUCCGAUUAAAAUUUGGUACAGUAGCGAAAUAAAGGAACUAACUUAUUGAACUAGAUAUGGUGCGCGAA